AGACUGCUAGAGGAAGAAAGGAACCACCUUAGCCUCGCACUUUACCCUCCAUUGGUUGCUUGUCACUGCUGCAGCACGGCGAACACCACGGCAAGAGGACACCACUGGUUUUGAACAGCAAUCUACAGACCGGGCAGGGCAAGGCAGGGCAAAGCAACGAAAAAAAAAAACCGCAAAGAUGAUGCAGGCCUCGUACGCAAACCAGCCCAGCGACGCCAGUGGGAUGCCGCCGCAGCAUGAAUCGCCGAGGUCGAUGCUGCAAAGGAAUCCGAACGCGAACACAGAUGCRAGUUCGGGAGGACACGACGCCGGUGACUACGACUACCCGUUUCCGCCACAAUCCUCGUCGUCGUCUUCGUCUGCUUCGUACCUGGGUUCCCUCUGCCGRCGGUGCUGCACCUUUCAGAACUUUUGCUACAUCGUGCAGGUCGUAAAUUGCGGGCUCGUCUGUGCCCUGAUCUACCUUGCGAUCCUCGAGUAUCCGAAAAUAGAAGAACUGGAGGCGCAGGUCGAGCGAGACAAGAAGGAAAUCGCUGCCCUCUCGGAGGAAGUUCGAGAAAAACAGGAGGGCCAGAUCCAGGACCUCCACAAGGCGGUCCAGAAGGAGCAACAGUUUAAUUUCUUGUCCCURGCGGGCUUCUUCACGCUYCUGACCUGCCUGAUUUCCAUGUUUCACAUGACGACGCACGUGCACAAGAUGAACCAGCCGAAGAUCCAGCGAAAAAUCAUCGCCAUACUCUGGAUGUCGCCCAUCUACAGCGUGACGAGCUUCKUGACGCUCAUCUUUCCGUCCGUGGAGGGAUGGAUGGCGAUCCUCAAGGACUUUUACGAGUCCUAUUGCAUCUUCGUCUUUCUGUCCUUUCUGAUCGCAGUCCUGGGAGAGGGAUCCCGGGAGCGGGCCGUCGGCGUCCUGGCGAAGCACGCGGACCACCUGGGCCGGCCCACCCGUUGCCUUGCGUGUUUUUACGAGCCCCCGCCCGAUACCAGCGASCACGCCAAAGCGUAAGUGCUCCUGGCGCGGAAUUUUUGUUUUGCCGUAGAAGUGUAUGCAUCUUCUGGACUCUGACCAAACCUUACUUUUUUGUCCCSAYACAUUUGCUUGUUGGACUACUUUGCUUUSGGUUUGGUCAACUUCGUCCKCUUCUCCCCUUAGAAACGCCGUGAUGACGCAGUGCCAGAUCUAUUGUUUACAAUUUACGUUGGUAAGACCCCUUACAUCAAUAUAUUCUGUUUUUGUCUUGCACCGGAAAAAGAAAGAGGGCGAAGAAAAAUACGAGGAGUACAGUGCCGACGGCGAGUUCGGCGAUGAACCGUACGGGGAUGGUAAUUAUGAUAAUGAAAACUUCGAUGGCAGCGGUAAAAGCAGCAGUGUGAACAACAGCAUYAGCCACAAUGCCACGGACCAAUUCUCUCCUGCGGAUGGUACUGGAASMGAAGACGCACCGACACCUGUGUUCUCUUCGUCGCUGGACGAUCCCACGGUCUCUGCCAGUGCAAGCGAAACUGCAGCCGCGGAUGAAUCGACACGGGAAGAAGGUCCCGGCGGUCGCAUGCGAAGGACCUUAAGAAAAACUCACCACAAAAGAGAACAAGACUAUGAGCGGUGGCACGACGYUCCAUUUGGUGCUGGGAAGAGAGGGCUGAAUUCGCUGCUUGGAGACCCAGGAGCUGCCAACAAGCGAAAUUCAACCAUUAACGGCAGGGUGAAUCCGGYCGAGAACACCAUCGAGAAUAACGACGACGACAGAGCUCCGACAAUGGAGUUUCCAUUUCCGUCCGUUUCUCCCAUCGAAGGAGGAAUGGACGUUCCAUUCCCCACCUUUGCAACCGGAGAUGGCUACCCACCCGUGUCGGCUCCGACAGAGACCCCCCUCACGRACUAUGGCACCUUUGAACCCACCGGAUUCGCUUCGUUGCUAGCCGAUCCCGGAUCCGURAACYACACCGCCCCCUCUGGCAUGUACGAUUYCAAAAACACCAGCGGCGGCAUCGGCCACGAGGUUGCGAACGUGAGUGGCGUCACCAAUAUCUCUUUGYCCCUUGUUCCAACCAUGGCACCCUCGAACGCAAACGAAACAACGUUCGACUCUACAGAGCUCGUCCACCAAACGAAAAACUACCUCAAGAGUCCUAGCUUUGCGGUUGCGAUGGUGGUCAAUGUGUCCAUAUUUUUUGCCUUUAGCGGUCUUCUGAAACUCUACCACGCCGUCCAAAAAGAUCUCGAGUGGUGCCGGCCCUUUCCAAAGUUCUUGACCAUAAAGGCGGUGGUCUUUUUGACCUUUUGGCAGGGCCUGGUAAUCACGCUGUGGUUGGUUCUGACCGCAUCCCCGGAGGAAAAGGAGGAGGCACUGCUGGAAGCCCGCAAGUACCAAAAUCUCUUGAUUUGCGUCGAAAUGCUGCUGGUCGCCAUCUGCCAAUGGGUGAGUCGCUGGCAAGUGAAUGGAUAUGUUUGUUGCUACAUAUAGGCUUUAGAUUGCAUUCCAUAUACUGCUGCACUCGGUUGCUUAAGUUCCGGUAUCGAGAGCAAAGACAAUUGAUUUAUUCGUUGUCGCUKUGGCUUCCUUGCUUUGAAGACUAUAUUUUCCUCCCGGAUGGAUUCUUCACUCAUUGUUUUUGUUUCUUCUUGGUCCCUAUGUCAAACAACUACACUCGGAUACCUUUUUGCAGUGUGUUUUUCCCGCAAUAGGUAAGUUGCUUGUUGUUGUUUUCGAUGGAUUACCGGGACACGUCGGUAUUGAUGCCUGCAUACACAUGUUGAAUGUUUCUCAUCUGCUUCUUCGUGAAAUUAUUUCUGUCUCUGCUUUCUUUUCUUUGCGUUCGUCAUUGGGUUUUGUGUACAACCAUUUGGCUUUGUCUCCGUUCAAACCAGAAUGGGAGCCGGGCUACGAACCCCGCCAGGUCCACACGCCGGGACUCGGGAUCAAAGAUUUUGUGUCGGACGUUGGCCAAAUCGUAAACAAUCGCAGCAAACGGACCCGGAUAAAGCUUGGAAAGAGAAGGAGUCGUCGCAAGAAAUACGAAGGCCUAGAUGUCCAGGGAGACAACGUAUACAGCAAUGGGGUCGAUAMCUUUCGCGACGAUGCCAUCGGCAGCAGCAGCUUUGAGAGCGACAGCGAYGACGAGGUUGACGAUGUCUCCAUGGAUGACGAWUAUGAAUAUGGAGGAGGSACACAAGCAUUGGGGUAUGGCAGCAAUUACAGUGAUAGAUACAAUGACGCCAAUCACAACGGACCUUUAGAUCGGAACAACGUCGUGGUUGAUACCCAGCCAUUUCCACCUGGUGAUCGACGGACAGCACCAGCUCAACACGSAACAGUAGAUGAAGAUACAGCAGAUGAAGAARCCUUAGAUGGUGAUAAGGAACUUAUUUGAUCCACUUCGUCGGUAUAAAUAUAACAUAGAGUAUAAU